GGGAGGGAGGGGCCGAGCAGCGUGGCUCCCAGAGGGAGUUGGUGGGCAGCAAGGGAGACAAUAGCGGACAUGCUGUGUGGGCUCAGUCGGGAGACCCCUGGAGAGGCGGACGAUGGGCCUUACUCCAAAGGAGGCAAGGACGCAGGAGGGGCCGAUGUGGCCCUGGUGUGCCGCAGACAGAGCAUUCCAGAGGAGUUCCGAGGGAUCACCAUGGUGGAGCUGAUCAAGAAAGAAGGCAGCACACUGGGCCUGACCAUCUCAGGUGGCACUGACAAGGAUGGGAAGCCCAGAGUCUCCAGCCUGAGGCCUGGGGGGCUCGCAGCCAGGAGCGAUCUGCUGAACGUGGGUGACUACAUUCGAUCGGUGAACGGGAUCCACCUGAGCAGGCUCCGCCAUGAUGAGAUUAUCACCCUGCUUAAGAACGUGGGCGAGAGCGUGGUGCUGGAGGUGGAGUAUGAGCUGCCCCCGCCCGCCCCUGAAAACAACCCAAGGAUCAUUUCGAAGACAGUGGACAUCUCCCUUUACAAAGAGGGCAAUAGCUUCGGCUUUGUCCUCAGAGGAGGUGCCCAUGAAGAUGGGCACAAGUCCCGCCCACUUGUCCUGACCUACGUGCGGCCUGGCGGCCCAGCUGACAGGGAGGGCUCCUUGAAGGCUGGUGACAGGCUGCUCAGCGUUGAUGGGAUCCCGCUGCACGGGGCCAGCCACGCCACUGCCCUGGCCACCCUGCGUCAGUGCAGCCACGAGGCGCUCUUCCAGGUGGAGUAUGACGUGGCCACCCCAGACACAGUGGCUAAUGCUUCCGGGCCCUUGAUGGUGGAAAUCACCAAGACGCCGGGGUCCUCACUGGGGAUCUCGCUCACCACCGGCUCCCACCGGAGCAAGCCGGUCAUCACCAUCGACCGCAUCAAGCCAGCCAGCGUGGUGGACAGGAGUGGGGCCCUGCAUGCUGGAGACCACAUCCUGUCCAUCGAUGGCACCAGCACAGAACACUGCUCGCUGCUCGAGGCCACCAAACUCCUGGCCAGCGUGUCGGAGAAAGUGCAGCUGGAGAUCCUGCCAGUGCCCCAAAGUCAGCGCCCUCUCAAGCCCUCAGAGGCAGUGAAAGUGCAAAGGAGUGAGCAGCCAUGCCGCUGGGACCCCUGCAUGUCCUCCUGCCACAGCCCCCGGCCCGGCCACUGCAGGACGCCCACCUGGGCCACACCUGCUGGCCAGGACCAGAGCCGAUCCUUGUCCUCUACUCCCUUUUCCUCACCGACCAUGAACCACGCCUUCUCCUGCACCAACCCCAGCACCCUCCCCUGUGGAUCCCAACCCAUGAGCCCCCGGACUACGAUGGGGCGGAGGAGGCAGCGAAGAAGGGAACACAAGAGUUCAUUGUCGCUGGUCUCCAGUACAGUGGGGCCGGGUGGGCAGAUCGUGCACACAGAGACCACGGAGAUCGUGCUCUGCGGAGACCCCCUCAGCGGCUUCGGCCUCCAGCUCCAGGGUGGCAUCUUCGCCACCGAGACCCUGUCCUCCCCACCCCUCAUACGCUUCAUUGAGCCUGACAGCCCAGCUGAGAGGUGUGGGCUGCUGCAGGUGGGGGACCGUGUCCUGUCCAUCAAUGGCAUCGCCACUGAGGAUGGGACUAUGGAGGAAGCCAACCAGCUGCUGCGGGAUGCUGCGCUAGCCCACAAGGUCGUGCUGGAGGUCGAGUUCGACGUGGCCGAGUCUGUCAUCCCGAGCAGCGGCACCUUCCAUGUGAAGCUGCCCAAGAGGCGCGGCGUGGAGCUGGGCAUCACCAUCAGCUCAGCCAGCAGGAAGCGAGGGGAGCCCCUGAUCAUCUCUGACAUCAAGAGAGGCAGUGUGGCACACAGGACUGGCACCCUUGAGCCUGGUGACAAGCUGCUGGCCAUCGACAACAUCCGCCUGGACAACUGCCCCAUGGAGGACGCUGUGCAAAUUUUGCGGCAGUGUGAGGACCUGGUGAAGCUGAAGAUCCGCAAGGACGAGGACAGCUCCGAUGAGCAGGAGACCACAGGUGCCGUCAGCUACACAGUGGAGUUGAAACGCUACGGGGGUCCCCUGGGCAUCACCAUCUCGGGCACGGAGGAACCUUUUGACCCCAUUGUCAUCUCGGGCCUCACCAAGCGUGGUCUAGCUGAGAGGACUGGUGCCAUCCAUGUGGGGGACCGCAUCCUGGCCAUCAACAGCGUUAGCCUCAAGGGCCGGCCACUGAGCGAGGCCAUUCACCUCCUGCAGGUGGCUGGCGAGACUGUCACACUGAAGAUCAAGAGGCAGCUAGACCGCCCCCUGCUACCCAGCAAGUCGGGCAGCCUCAGUGAGGCCAGCGAUGCAGAUGAUGACCCCCCAGAAGCCCUCAAAGGAGGCCUGCUGGCAGCCCGGUUCUCGCCCACUGUGCGCAGCGUGGACAGCGCUGUGGAGUCCUGGGACAGCUCGGCUAUGGAGGGUGGCUUCGGGGGCCCAGGCUCCUACACUCCGCAGGCGGCUGUCCGGGGUGUGACCCCCCAGGAGCGGCGCUCCAGCCGGCUGAGGAGCAGCCCCCCACCCACCGAGCCCCGAAGGACAAGCUAUACCCCGGCCCCUGCUGAUGAGAGUUUCCCCGAAGAGGAGGAGGAGGAGGAGGAGGAGGAGGAUUGGGAGCCACCAACUAGCCCAGUCCCUGGCCCUGCCCAAGAGGAGGGCUUCUGGCGUGUGUUUGGGGAAGCCCUCGAAGACCUGCAGUCGUGUGGUCAGUCAGAGCUGCUGAGGGAGCUGGAGAGAAGGGCUGUGUCCCCUCAGGCGUCCAUCAUGACGGGAACCGUGCAGAGCGUGGCCUUUGAGGGCAGGCCUGGCCACCAGCCCUGGAGGAGGAGCCGGGAGGUGCGAGCUUCCCCUGAGGAGGUGCGGGAGCUGCUGCCGCCGACACCCUUGGAGAUGCACAAGGUGACCCUGCGCAAGGACCCCCUACGGAAUGACUUUGGUUUCAGCAUCUCAGAUGGCCUCCUGGAGAAAGGUGUCUAUGUCCACACGGUGCGCCCCGAUGGGCCAGCCCAACGUGGAGGCCUCCGGCCCUUUGACAGGGUCCUUCAGGUCAACCACGUUCGUACACGGGACUUUGACUGCUGCCUGGCGGUGCCACUCCUGGCUGAGGCGGGUGACGUCCUGGAGCUGGUUGUCAGCCGCAACCCACUGGCACAGAGCAGCCGGACCCCACGAGCACCAGGCCCCGGCAGCCCCCAGAUGCUCUGAAGUCAGCACAUGGUCCGGACUCCUCAGGGCCACCCAGGCAGAUCCUGGCUCCCAGACAUGUAGCUGGGCUGGAGAAGUGGCCACCCACGCAUCCAUCUGUUGGUCUGGCAGACUCUGAGCCAGGGAUGGGACUUGGUCUCUGUUCCCCGAUUCUGUGAUGACUGGGGUGCCAGGCAUUGAGGUCCCUGCCCCAGCUGGAGUGACCUCUGGGUCUUUUUCCAAGUUGGGUCUCCAGGAUGCCCAGAAAAGCCCCACCCAAGAAGCGUUGGGACAGGCUGCUCAGCCUGGAGAAGAGAGGCCUGGGGGCUGCCCCAGGUUUCCCCAGGGCCUCUUCAGAGAGGGCCCAGGUGUGGGGCAAGUCUGGCCCAGUGUAGGGACUCAGUGUAGGGGUUGUCCCAGCAGAGCCAUGGGACUGGAGUGAGUUCUCUGUGGUGGGAAGUAAGUGGCGGGAGCUGGGUACCCAGUGCAGUCAUGGAGUGAGGUGUGAGACGUUCCCGGGAGGCGUCCACGCAGGCUCGGGGGGUUAGUCUCCUGAAAGGGAGCCACUCAUCCAGAGACCCUGCCACCAGGAAGGACACUGCUCAGCUCCUUCCCUUCUCCAGAAUCCUGGCGUUUACAGGCUGCCGGCUCUCAGAGUCUCUGAGUCCCAGCGUCCCACUCAUUGUGAGACUCUGAGCUGGGGUGUCUGGGACCCCAGGAAGCACUGGCCCUUUGGUUCUGGAAAGGGGUGAAUCUUUCAUUUCAGCAUCCUUAGUCGGAAGCUUCUGUGACUUGAGACAGCGAUCCUGGGCCCACCGGGCAGGCUCAGCGUCCGGCUUUGGGCUCUCGGCCACUCCUGCUUCUCUCACAGGGUGCAGGGCCACCGACCUCCUGCACUGCCCUCAGCCCAAGCCCUCCAUGUGGGAGGGGGCCAUGUGGGGACAAAAGAGGUUCCAUUCACCCGCCAUUCCAGUAAAGAAUGGAAAACCAUGGAAACAGUAUGCGAGAUGCUACAACUCCUCUCUGAUAUCCAUGUCCGUGGAGGGGAGGAGGGGAGAGAAGCGUGAGACGGACACAGACAGGCAGGAGAAUAGGGUGGGACAUUCUCUCCCAAACCCCGUGGAGACAGUGUCCAAAGUGGUCAUUCAAAGAAGUUUAUUUCCACUUGAAACCUGGAAGCACCAGCAUCCCUUAAAUCAUUUUCCUCAGUUUCCACAAACUAGAGCCCUUUUCAUUUUGAGAGGGGCACGGGGCCUCCACCUGGUGGGCGUGUGGCCCCUGGGAUGGAGGUGGGCAGGUGGGGUCCGGCCAGGUCUGGGGAUUUGCUUUGUCCCCCACCCGGCUCUUAAAGGGGCCUCAGGAAACGGGGUGCCCACUUCCACCACCACCCUCCCCACCUGUGGGGACCCUGGAGGCUGGAAAAGUCCUCUUCUGCUCAAGGGACUGGACGGGGGCCAGGAGGCCUGCUCUUCUCGCCCUGGGUCUGUAUGCAUUUGACCCCCUCUGGGUUGGACCCCCCUCUGUUGUCAACAAGUGGGUGGACAUUCUCUGAGCAGUCAGGGUCACAGCAUUCUCCACCUGCCCGCUGAGGGCCCCUCGGCACCCUGCCCACACCCACUCCUGAGGGCCCGCCUCCCCGCCCCCACCCCCCACACCCUGCCCCUUGGUGCCCUUCCUGAGAAACCUUCAUGCCUGUGGCUGGGUUGCCCAAUAUCUCUGCUAUCUUGAAUUCCUGCGUAAACAUCUGCCCCAGUGUGAAAGGGCACUGCCCACCCAUCACAGGGGCACCAAACAAAAGCCAGGAGCCCUCGGCUUCGACAGGGGUGGGGCACACAGCAUCCAUGUGGCUUCUGGCUGUCAGCAGUCGCAGCUGUGUGACAUGGGCAGGUGGCUCAACCUCUCUGGGACUCUGUUAAGUAACAGGGCUGGGCAUACCCAAGGCCUCUCUGCUUAGGAAAGCUGCACCAGACUCCAGGACUCCAGGCAAGGGAAAACGUACCCUGACUCUGAGCAGCGCCCCUCCCCUCCUCGGCUGAGGCCUCUGCUGUUCUCCCAGAUGUAUGCAAUUGGGCCCUGCUUGGGCCUCCCAGCCGUGGUCGGCCCACCUUUAUGCAAUAUUUCUUCUGGCUUCUCCUGGGGAUGGUUCAUCCCAGACUUAACAGUUCCUGAUACCCCUCCCCAGUGAGCGUCCUGCCUGCCUAUGCAUUUUGGGUACAGCCUCUGUGACAUGUUCCCCUCACCCCCAACUCCCCCAAAGCUGUAUUUUUCUCUGGCUGAGAUUAGAGCAUAUUCCUUGUAAAGUAUUUUUCUACCUGGGGUUUUCUUAGGGCUCUCGGGAAGCACAACGUGCCAAGGGGCUGCCUUGCAAAGGCCGUUUUGUGGUCUGUUUGGGGGCCCACGUGUAAAUCUUUGUCCCACCAGGAGUUGCAGUGACUUGCGGGGGAUGCUACUG